UCUUCCUUACUCUUCUCUAAACCCUCAGUCUCCGCCGCACGUCUCGCUGGCGACGAACCCAGCACCUCAACUGCCUUAAUUGAUGCAAGCCGCAAUGACCCCGUUUCCGAAAUUGUUGUAAAUAUAAACAAUUCAGAGUUUAAGAGACUUCUUGAUUUGGGUUAUUUGAGAAAUAUUGUAUUAAGUCUGAGCGAGUCUCAGGUUGAUCAGAUUUUUUAUCGUUUGAGGGUUCAGAAUCCGGAUCAUGUGGUGGCGUUUUUUGAUUGGUUGAGGAUUGAGUUCGGGUUUAAGCUUCCACGGGUUUCGAGCUUUAUUGUUUCACAUGUUUUGGCGGGAAAGAGGAGAUUCAAGGAGUUAAGGUCGGUCUUAGAGCAAAUGCUGCAAAAGGAAGGCUCUGGUUCUGCUCCUUUCCUUUGUGAGGUUCUCUUGAAUGGCUUUAGGGGCUGGGAGACAAACAGAGAGGUAUGGGAUAUGUUGGCAUUUGUUUAUUCAAGAUCUGAGAUGGUUCAUGAUGCCCUUUUCGUUCUUGUGAAAAUGAAAGACUUGGACUUGAGAGCUUCUGUUCAAACCUAUAACAGUCUUUUGUACAAUUUGAGGCACACUGAUAUUAUGUGGGAUGUAUAUCAUGACAUCAAAGUUAGUGAGACUCCUAUGAAUGUAUAUACUAAUUCCAUACUUAUAGAUGGCUUAUGCCAGCAGUCCAGACUACAAGAUGCAGUUUUGUUCUUUCAGGAGACUGCAGGGAAGAAGUUUGGGCCUUCUGUUGUCUCUUUGAAUACCAUCAUGUCUGGGUACUGUAAACUGGGUUUUGCUGAAGCUGCAAAGGCUUUUUUCGGUAUGAUGAUCAAGUAUGGCCUGCAUCCUGAUGCAUAUAGUUAUAACAUUCUUAUUCAUGGUUUGUGUGUAGCUGGUUCCAUGGAAGAAGCAUUGGAGUUCACAAAUGACAUGGAGAGGCAUGGGGUGGAGCCUGAUACAAUAACCUACAGAAUUCUUGCCAAAGGAUUUCAUUUGCUUGCUCGCAUCAGUGGAGCUUGGAAGGUCCUUCAGAAAAUGUUGAUUAAAGGAUUGAAUCCAGAUCUUGUUACAUAUACUGUCCUGAUUUGCGGGCAUUGCCAGAUAGGGAAUAUUGAGGAAGGAUUAAAGUUGCGAGAAGAGUUGCUCUCACAAGGUUUUCAGUUGAAUGCCAUCUCAUACAGUGUACUACUCAGCAGCCUAUGUAAAUGUGGAAGAGUUGAGGAAGCAUUGAGACUUCUUUAUGAAAUGGGAGCUACUGGCUUGAAGCCUGAUCUCGUUACAUAUUCAAUCCUCAUUCAUGGUCUUUGCAAGCAAGAAAAAAUCCAAAAUGCUAUCCAACUAUAUAACAAAAUGUGCUCCGAGAGAAUCACACCUAAUUCUUUUGCACAAGGUGCUAUUCUUCGGGGCCUGUGCAAGAAAGAAAUGAUAUCGGAGGCAAGACUGUAUUUUGAUAGUCUUACCAAAAGUGACUUGACACGGGAUAUUAUUUUGUACAAUAUAAUGAUUGAUGCGUAUGUUAAAAGUGGUACCAUUGGGGAGGCUGUCCAGUUGUACAAACAACUAGCUGAAAAAAGAAUUAGUCCUAGUAUAAUAACUUUUAAUUCCCUUAUUUAUGGAUUCUGCAAGAAGGGAAAGGUAAACGAAGCUAGAAAUUUUUUGGAUACUAUCAGAUUGCAUGGGUUGGAACCAAGUGCAGUAACUUAUACCACUCUUAUGAAUGCAUACUGUGAAGAAGGAAACAUGCAUAGCUUGUUUGAAUUGCUGAGAGAAAUGGAAGCAAAAACUAUAGGACCAACUCAUGUCACUUACACUGUUGUUAUCAAAGGACUUUGCAGACAGUGGAAGCUGCAAGAAGCCAUUCAAUUGCUUGAGGAUAUGUUAGCUAAAGGUUUAACUCCUGAUGAAAUUACAUAUAAUACCAUCAUCCAGAGUUUCUGCAAAUGUAAAGACAUAAGAAAAGCUUUUCAGUUACUCAAUGAGAUGUUGCUGCAUAAUCUUGAGCCUACACCUGUUACAUAUAAUAUUCUCAUCAAUGGUCUUUGUGUAUAUAGUGAGCUAAAAGAUGCAGAUAGUCUACUCUUUUCUCUUCAGGAACGUAAUAUCAAUUUGACAAAAGUUGCUUACACAACAAUAAUCAAAGCACAUUGUGUCAAGGGUGAUGUGGACAGUGCGGUGAUAUUCUUCCGUCAAAUGGUGGAGAAGGGGUUUGAAAUUUCAAUAAGAGAUUAUAGUGCUGUGAUCAAUAGACUGUGCAAAAGGUGUUUAAUUACUGAAGCAAAAUACUUUCUCUGCAUGAUGAUGUCUGAUGGCUUUCCUCCCGAUCAAGAGAUAUGUGAAGUGAUGCUUAAUGCCUUUCAUCAAGUUGGUGAUAUCAAUUCAUUUCAUGAACUGGUUGCUAAGAUGAUCAAAUCCGGCCUAUUUGAUGAUAAAUUAAUGAGAAAGUAAUGGUUCUCAUAUAUCUCAUUGGUGGAAAGAUCGGCUGGUGAAUUGACAUCCGAUUUUACUGCAUUAGUGGCAGCAUAGUCAACGCCUUGAGAGUGUCCUAGAUUCUACUCUAUAUUAUGCCAUAAGUCAACUGCGAGGAAUGAUCAUCUUUAUUUGUUUUUUAAACAUUGGCAGUGGUGACAUCACAACAACCAUUUCCAGAAUGAUUAUUAAAACCCUUCCCGCUGAUAUAUUGCUGGAAAAUUUGGUUAGUUUCUAAAACAAACCUGGAAGAUAUUUGCAGGAUACUGGAGGUGCCAGGGAGAUGGCAUGGUAGUAUUUGAAUUGCACCAUUUUAUCUGGUUGCAUGCCACACAUAGCUAGUUACACAAAAACAAACUCUAUAUCAUCAGUGGAAACAACUCAAUCACUAUAUUCAAUUGAAAGCUUCGUAGCAUGCUGAAAAGAUCAGAAAGUGGUGCGGUUGUGACCUUUCUCACAGCCAAUACUUGAAUCUUAACGCUUUAGAUGGUGGAAAAUUCCAUUUCAACGUGACAUUCCAUUUUAAAUACUUGCAUUGUUUUCUUUCUUUUUUAUGAUUUCUUUCUUCCACUUUGAGGCUCGACCACCUCAUAUAACCUCCAUCCUGUAUGCUUGCAGGAAAUGGAACUGGGCUAUGAAUCUGUUCAUGUAACUUUGAAAUAAUCAGGUUUGAGUAG